ACGUAAAUGGCGGCCCACAACAAAUGAGCGAGCACCCAUACCAAACAAAGCAACAGCAGCAUCGACUCAAAGGUGUAAAUGGCGUCGUCAAAAUCGCAAUCACCGCCAUAUCCAAGCGCUUCCAGACUCGCCGAUUCAGAAUGCUUCUCUGCUUACAGUGACUCUCUCAAAUGCUUAGAAUCGAAUACCACUGACAAGAGUAAAUGUCAAGAAUAUUUUGACGUAUACAAGGAAUGCCGAAAGAAGGAGAGGGAAGCCCGACUGGAACGCAACCGCCAAAGGUCUUUGUUUUCAUGAGAUCUUUGCUUAACAGAGGGGACCGAGGAAUCGAUGCUCUGUUGGACCUAAUAUAAAUAGAUGUUCCGAUUUUAUGUUAGGGGGAAUGUGAAUAGUGGGAGUUGGAGCAACCCCGCAACCAUACCCACACUGGGUUUGUUUGUUUGGGUUUUCAUUAAAUCUAGUAACUAUUUUUUUAGUUAAAAAUA